AUGUCAUCCAGGGCGGACGACCGAUAUCGACAGCACACGCGUACAGCGAGGAGCCACUCGCGAGAGAGGGAGGAGAGGGUGAGGGAAAACGGGAGGGUGAGGGACACAGACCGCGGACGCGACCACCCAUACUCUCACUCCCCACAUGCGACACGGCGGGCAAGUCGCUCAAGGUCACGGCGCCGCUCGCGUUCACGCAGUCCGAAGCGACGGCGGCCGGACUCGCGCUCCCCUUCUCGCUCGCGGGAGGACAGGCCUGAUCACAGGAGCCGAAAACGAGGACGGUCCGCCUCACGUUCGCCGUCGCCCUCGUCAGAUAAGCGUAGACGGUCACGCUCGGUCUCGAGUGAGGCGUCGAGCUCCUCUGAGCACAGGCGCCACAAACGAAGGAGAGACAAGCACACGAAGCGUAGGAGCAGGAGUCGGGAGCGGGAGAAGAAGGAGCGGAAGAAGGAGAAGAAAGAGAAGAAGGCGCGUUCUCGCUGUCUACCUCAUGUUUUUCUAUCUUAA